AUGUCUCUGUUGGAUUGGUUCUAUGAAGCUCUGGCGUCUCUGGGUCUGCGCCAGAAGGAAGCCAAGAUGUUGUUCUUGGGGCUGGAUAAUGCAAGGAAGACCACCCUGCUUCGCAUGCUGAAGCACGAGAGAUUGGUUCUGCACCAACCCACCCAGUUCCCGACUUCACAGGAAUUCAGUAUAGGGAAGAUAAAUUUCAGAGCUUUCGACUUGGGUGGUCGCCAGAUCGCUCGCAGAGCCUGGCCGGACUACUACGCCAAGGUAAAGCUCUGCUCUUCUUCUUUUUUCCUCUCCUCUGAAAGCUCCUACGAUGUGGAUGCGGUGGUGUAUCUGGUGGACGCCUGCGACAAGGAGAGAUUUGCGGAAUCAAAGAGGGUGCUCGAUGCCCUUCUUUCAGAUGAAGCUCUUGCUAAUGUCCCUUUCCUCCUUCUCGGGAACAAGGUAGAUAUCCCGUAUGCAGCUUCGGAGGACGAGCUGCAAGAUCAUCUCGGGCUCACCGGCUUGAUGACCGGCAAAGGGAAAGUGAAUCUUGCAGAUCAGACUGUUAGGCCCCUCGAGGUGUUCAUGUGCAGCGUCGUGCGCAAGAUGGGCUAUGGCGAAGGGUUCGAGUGGAUGUCCCAGUAUAUCAAGUGA